AUGUAUUCCUACUCAAGCGCCGACGAAGCGUACGACUCUGACGAGCCACCUAAACUCCAGCUCAAUAUUGAUAGCCUGAAAGAUGUCGCCUCAAAAGUCUUGCAGGCCCCCUGCAUCUGUGCUCGGCCAAUGACACGAGGCUCCUCACAUGAAAUCUUUGUCCUCGAGUUCCAGGAGUCCAGGAGUACUUCGUAUCGAUCUCUGGUGCGCUCUGGGUACUCCUGCAUAGCCCGCUUUGCUCGCGUCAGGGGGACUUUGGCCAAAGAGGAGAGCGAAAUUGCCACCAUCCGGUAUGUCAAGCAACGCACCAGUAUCCCUGUGCCAGAGAUAUACUACCAGGAUUUGAAUUCCGACAACGAGAUCGGCGCCUCCUUUGUGUUGAUGGAAAAACUCCCCGGCCGCCAUCUUUACAAAACCUGGGAUAAUCUGUCACUCGACCACAAGAAGGUUGCACUUUCACAGAUUGCAUCCAUCAUCGUCCAGUUCUCCUCUCUUCACUUCGACAAGAUUGGAUGUCUCACUGAGAACGGAAUCGGUCCUCUCAUUAGUCCUUGCUAUAAUUUCCCUCAAGGACCUUUUUCCUCAACACUACAGUAUCUCGAAUCGUUUAUCUCGUCCGAGGCAAAGGAUCUAUUCAGACAGAUCAGAACGAAACUGGCCGAAUACGCCGAAACGCAGGCCUCUUCCUAUCUCGAACCACCGUUUUCAAUGAUUCAUGCCGACUUUGACGCCCAAAACAUGCUGUUUCUCGAUGCCCCAGAUGGUUCAGGACCAAAGCUUACGGGACUAAUCGACUUUGAGUACGCCAACACUGGCCCAGUAUACUUCCUUUACGAGUACCCAGUCUUCAUCCAGGAUAUCUCCUGGUCCAGUCACCUGUAUACCAAGAAUAAGGUCCUGAGGGCACAUUUCGUGUCGCAGAUUUUCAACUCUCUGCCAAGCCCACAGGAAAAAGCGACCUUUAUCUCGUGCAUCAAUUCCAAAAGCUUCCUACUCAACGGCUUCCGGGAUGCUUUCAUGACUAUACAAUGCUCUGAGAAAACGCGAAAGAACUCGGCAUUUGACUAUCUCGAGUCAUUAAAGGACGAGAAGGGGCUCGCGUACUCUGGUCGGGUCGACUAUAAACCAGAGUACUACUCCAAAGAGGGACAGCCGAUGCGACCGAUGGAUAAAGUCCUUUGA